UUGACGGUUGGGUGUGAAUUGUUUUCUUUUUUUCUCAGUACUUAUUCUUCUUACCGUUCGUGUAAAGUGUUGCCAGGACCUAAUCGUGGUUUGCAUUUUGACGUUUAGAGCAGACGUUUUUAUGUAAGCCACAAAAAGGAAUUGGUAUUCAUAGAAUAGUUGAUGGUGCCGUCGGCCAGCAGUGCAAGUAAUAAAAUGCAUCGUGCACACGAGGAUAAUAUGGAGGAAGAACUUAGAUUGAAAGAUUUUAGAAGCAAACUGAAGGUCGUAAGAAAUAUAUCAGACUCAUGUUAUGCCGAUUUUAUGUCGAAUAAACCGUUUUUAGCUACAGCUACACAAAAUGGAAGAUCCGUUAUUGACUUGAUCAGGCAUUACACCUGUUUAAACAUUGAAUUGUUACAUGAGUACUUAAAACCUUAUUUCGACAACCCACAUGCUACAAAAACUUUUAAACAAUAUUGCCAAGAAACAACUGAACCGGAAAAUUCAAAAUUCAAUGAAACUUUAAGGAACACUAUACUGUCGUCAUAUUUUAAAUUAGAGUAUCCAAACAUGUCAACUUUGAACUCAAGAAUCAGUAGUUCAGAGGAAAGAGGUAAGUUGGAAAUGACUAACUAUACCCAGCAAAUCAUCGAAGGAACUUCCAAAGUGAUCCUAGUCGAAAAGCCUGAAAAGUUUUUCGAAAGAUUUGGUUACUUAGAAGAUAUAAAGCAAUUGAGGCAAACCCAUAAUGUUGUUUAUGUUUGCAACUAUGAUACUGACUUUGAAAGAGACCUAACAGUAUACGCUGCUAUUUUGCCAAAAGCUGGUCUUCUGAGCACAUCCAAAUAUAGUUUAUCCUCACCGAAUACCUUCAAAAAGCUCGAAAGUUGGAUAUUGUAUGAUAUUGUACCAAAAUUACUUGCGCCAAGCGUGAUUGUACUAGAUGAUACCAUCGAAUCCAAGGAUCAUAUAACUCUGCCUACUAUAAAUAGUAAACAUAGCGAAAUGAUCGAAUGGCUGAAGGCUAAGAAUAUUCCACAUGAUCCAGAUAUGCAUAGACCUGAGUUGUACGAAUUGAUUAAGAGAUCGAAACGAGGGGAGCCUGAAAAUAUUUACACGAUUGAUACUAAAUUAAAUGCGAAAGGUCAUAAAGUGCUUCGCCAGCCGAAAGGCGUAAGGUGCUUGAAAUAUGAUAUUAACAAAUUCCGAACCGAUAUGCGAACUUGUAAUAGUAGACACGACGUAACUACACAUUUAGAAACUUGGCAAAAUUUAGAAGAAAGUCUUAUACAGUUAGAAGAAAAACUAUACAAGGAAGAUUUGGAAUUGGAAAAUAUUAUUGAUCAACUAUUGACACUUGGCAAAUAUAGUCCCGAAUCGUCGCAUCUUUUUGAUGACAAGUUUGAUGAUGUGCCUGAGAAUCUUAAAUUACGUGAAAUUUUUGAAGAUCCAAUAAAACGAAGAUGUCUUAUACAUGAUAAUUGAUAUCAUUGUUAAAUUACAAUAAAUUUUUACUGCAUUUUUUUUCAUUUAACCA